GAUCUUUUAGUAGACUUAAGGUAGGAAGAUCCAAUUACGGAAAGCCCAUUAUGAGGAAAACUCCAGGUCCUGAGCAUAAAAUUUUGUACUAAUGUUGUCAAUAGCAAUACCAAGAUGGACUUCCACUCACAUGGACCUGUGCUGGAAUCCAAUGGUGUGCCAUAUUUGUCUUAUGAUUAUGUAUAUAUGAAAUAAAGCCCACAAUUAUUAAAUACCUUGGAUAAUAUCUGUAAUACAUUUAUAGACAUUUAUGCAGCAUGUCAUGAUGACAUUGGACCAUUUUCUCUAUGUGCUCCUAAUCUUAUGCAGAUUAGCAUCUAUAAUAGCCUCUCCUUCUAUCCAGUCCCUUCAUCUGACCUGUUUUAGAUCCUCUGUUCAGCCUGUUGCUCCAAUGUCGUUAGGAGUCAUUAUCAGCACAAACAUUAUCCUUGAUAUGGUCCAGUUCGUGUGUCUACUUAGUGACUGUGCUUGUAAAUACUGUGGUUUUUAAAUAAGGGAUUUUGCACUUGUGCUGUUUCCUCUGUUUGAACCUGGUAACAAUUCUGGUGUGAAACAGGAGAUCUUGGUACUCUUGCUUUUCUUACUCUUCCUGUGUUUGAUUCCUUGCUCCAAUGUUGAUACAUAAUUAUCAGCAGAGUCGUAACUGUGGAUACAGCCUCCUACAUGUGCAACUUAGUGACAGUUCUGGUAUCUAUUGCGGUUUUAAAAUAUAUUUUUCAUCUUUUUCCGCAUUAUUCUAUGACUACAGUGGUACACAGGGAUUCUGCUACUCUUGCUGUCUUACUUUGCUUUCCAUGGACAUGCCCUGCCGUUAUUUGGUGCUUUAUGGCCCAUGGGACUGUGGUCCUUCAGUAUUAACAUUUUUGGUCAACUUGCACAUAACAGCACUCUGUAUAUAGGUAUUACAUUGCCACUGUUUACUUUAUGCUAAUUUUCAUUUUUAUCUGUUCAUUUGUACCAUAGUGCUGCACAAUAUGCUGGCACUCUAAAAAUACAUGUUAAUAAUAAUAGUGGGUCACAAACCCGUUGCGGUCAUCCUAAGUGGUGUCAAAUUCUUCACACUGGGGUAUCUGAAUGUGUGAUUAAAGAGGGGCCUAAGUGUAGGUCUUGAGAAAAGUCCUUUAGUAAGACCAAAAUGUUGAAAAUUUUUAUUUUUUGUUGGUUUUGAGUUUCAUUAUGGCUAUUAUAAUAUUACAUAUAUGAAAGUAUGUAACAGAGAAUAUAUGAAAGUAUCUAACGGAGAAAAAGCAUCUGAUAUAUAUAAUCUGAUUAGGGGACAUAAUGACACCCUGAAGGUCAUAAAUUAUUAGGCAAGCAUGUAGUCUAAAUGAAAUACCUAUUUUUGAGUGAUUGAAUACAAAGUGUAGCCUGCCAAAUACAAGGACUUUGUCUUUAAUAGUGACCAAAAGCACAAGCAAUAUAAGGGCUUGUUCACCUUGCAAACACUUUUUUUUCAGUUGAGUUGUUUGAAACCAGCAGCACACUGUGUUGAAUUGCAAAAGGCCCACAUACAAAAAGGCAACGUUCCGGGCCUACCAGGCCCUUUAUCAAGCCCUUUUUUAUCUGAAAACAACUGAACUGGAAGAAGUGUUUGAAGGUUAACCGCCCCUUUAAAUAACCAUAUGAGGUCCACUGUUUUGCAAAAUACUCGUUAUUCCAGUGGUUCCUCUUCUGGAAUGCAAAGAUAUGACAUACAGUGGGAACCUAUCAUACCCAGAGAUUAAUACAAAGCAUUGGCAUCAGACAUGAAGCACCAACUUCCAGGAAAUUUGAAAUGUGAGACACUAAAAUCUUGUGUAGGCAUACCAUAGUCUUUUUAUUACUGCUUCCAAUACACAGCACAAAAUAAAAUGUUUGCUACCACUACAAACAAUGAUAUACAAACUGUACAGAUAUCUGUACAACCUCCACAAAUGUGAUCCUUUGUCAGAUUUACCGCCAGCCCCAGACAUACAUUUGUGACUAAAAUAAGACGUCAGGACUGAGCUCAGAUUUGGCUGAAGUUUAAGGCUAAGGCCACACUACACAAAUCUCAGCCUAUGGACAAACACAGGCCAAGAAUCCUCUGUCCUGCUGCUCUUCUUCUGCUGCCCUACAUGCACCUGGAAUCUUUAUCUCUGCUAGACAAAUGUAGUGUGGCCCUAGCCUAAGGGAUCUCUAUGGAUAUUAUUCCUAAAUACGUAUUCAUAAAGAGAUGGUUGAAUAAGACACAAGAAAAAAUUAAGUUUGAAUUUAUUUACUGAACAUGAUAUACAAAAAUGAGAUUUUACUGGCAACAAUUCCUUAAUUCCAGGCAACCAUGUCUGGAUAAGGGAUCUUUCUGUAAUUUGAAUCACCGUACCAUAAGCCUUCUAAGAAUCACUGAAACUUUAAAUAAAUCCAAUAUGAUUGUUUUGCCACCAAUAUGAAUUUGUGCAGUUCAGUUGGGACUUAUUACUGAGAAAAAGGAAAUUAUUUUAAAAACAAAAAAUGAUUUGCUUAUAAUGGAGUCUAUGGGUGGUGGCCUUCCUGAAAUUCGGCACUUUCAGGAUAACGGGUUUCUGGAUGAAGGAUCCCAUGCCUGUAGUGUAUAUAAGCUGAGUAUUUCUUGAUAUACUUGCCACCUUCAGUGAAUAUACACUAGAAAACUUUGACCCUUACCACCUUCAAACAAUUCCUACUUUACAAAACAAGCCCUAAAAACUUUGAUCUUCAGCAGCCAAAUGUAACACUGUGCACACGGAUAUAACUGGCAGUGUCAAAAUCUGGAUCCCUUUUAUACAUCAUUAUAUUUCAGACUGGUUUAAUUCAAAUGUCAUUGUCAUAUCUUUCUACUGCUUUUCUUUGCAUCACUUCAGGAUUGAAUCAGUCAUAAGACUUUUGGCUUUCAGAUUGCUUAUCUAAUUACGCUGGAGAUUAUUGGAUUAAUGUCUGCAUCAUUCCUGUUGUCACCCAUCAUAAAGGCGCUGAAGGGAAUCAAAUCCACGUUGAAUGAACUUAUUUAAUAGACUUGCUUUUCUUUCUAGAAGACAUGCAUUAUCUACGCUUUACUCUUGCUCUCUUUUUUUAUACUUUAUUAACCCCUUUGAUUUUCCUUUUCUCCACACGUUCCACACAUGAGACUGGCCGUGCUGAAAUGGAAACCAACUCAUUAACUCUUUUGACUGAAUCAAGUAUCCUUCCACCAAACCAAGGAGAAAACUGGAUUUGGAUUCAAUUUAGAGAGAAGACUCCUUUUUUUCCAUCUGUAAAUGCAAAGAUUUCAGAACAGGAGAAAUAUGAACAUUUAAAGCAGGAUAUACCAAACCUGUGGCCAAAUAGUUUCCCAAAGGACUGUGGGAAUGGUUUCUUUGUCAAUCCUUUAGAUCUUGGCUACAUUACACAAACAACGAAACCCAUGAGUUUGCAGCUAGUGUCUUAUUACGGGAUUUCUCAUCCUUCAAUUCUUCACAGAAAAAGUAAUGAUAUUAUAGGAUAUUCCCAGAAUAUCUGCGCAUUACGACUGAGGAAGAAGAGUCGUCGACUGGCAGCUAAUGCCAGGGAGAGGAGAAGGAUGCUGACACUCAACCUAGCAUUUGAUCGACUAAGGAGUGUCAUCCCGACUACACAGAAUAAAAAAAAAUUGUCUAAAGCUGAAACUCUGCAGAUGGCAAAGAUCUACAUCUUAAUGCUCAGCACAGAACUUCAGAAAAGAGCCAGUAGCUGCCUGACAUGAGAACCAAAUGUGGCACGUUUGAAACUUGAUUUGCCUUAAAAAAGUUCUCAUAAACCCCUGAAGUCUGAAAAUAAACUUAAUAAUUCUGAGACCAGCUACUGCUAAAAAAAAGUAUAUUCUUGUAUAUAGCUAUAUACAGUUUUUCUGCCAAGAAUUUACUUUAACCAUGUCAACGGGUUAUUUGGUAUCAAGUUGUGAAAGUAGUCACGCCAAGUUUAUUCCUUGGGUUCAGUAUGGAGAACAGGUCUGAAGCUGCAGUGAUCAGAAUUUGGAGGAAGCCAAAACAUUUUCUGCAUAGUAUUAAUAUCUUUUAACUAUGCACCUUUAUAGAUAGAUAGAUAGAUAGAUAGAUAGAUAGA